AUGGGAACCACCACAAACCGGCGUCUCCAGCCACCGUCGCCGGACCUCAACCGCAGCCGCCGGGGCGCGUCGACGUCACUCCCCGAAUCGUUCAACGCCUCGGUGGCGUCUUCUUAUUCUUCUUCGUCUUCCUCUUCUUCCUCUUCGAACAACUCCAGCAAACGAAUACUAACAAGCCGGUCACAUUCCACGACGAGGUCGUCGAGAACCGCCGGAGAGUACGCCGGAGAAAUAGCUCCGGCGAGAUACAGCAGCAGCGUCGUCACUUGCGAGGCCGUGGCAAGGCUGUUGGAGCAGCAGCAGCUGCGUGGCAGCCCUCGUAAUUUCGGGAGCUUUAGAGGGGUAAAAUCGUCAGCAACCUCUCCCUCGGCGUGGGCGUUGUCUCCGGGCAGGGUUUUGACGUCGUCGUCUUCUUCUUCGUCUCUUUGCAUGACGCCGCCGGAGUCUCCGGUGAGGUCGGCGGCAGCGAGGCCGAAAGGCGGCGGCGGAGGAGUCGCCGGAGUCUUGAGAUACUUCAAGCAGAAGAAGGUGUCACCGGUUCAAGAAGAGGAUUACCACCGGUUUAGGGUCUUCUACAACAGGUUGCUUCAAUGGAGGUUUGUUAAUGCAAGAGCUGAGGCUUCUAUGUCUAAGUUGAAGGUUAAUGCCGAGGACAAGUUGUUCAUGGUUUGGCUUAGAGUAUACAACAUGAGGAACUACGUGAUGGAAAGACGGAUCGAAGUCCAGAAACUUCGUCAGGAGAUUAAACUGUCUGAUGUUUUGUACACUCAGAUGCCUCUUCUCAACAAAUGGUCGAAACUUGAUGCCAAAAACUACGAGGCGUUGAGCAAACUAACUCGAAAACUACACGCUUUUUCCGUCCGACUGCCUUUCACUCAUGGCGUCAAGGCAGAUGUGAUGUCCGUACACGAGGCAAUGGUCGCGGCCAUUGAAGCCAUGGAUGAGAUCGAAGAUAUAAUCGUCAAGUUCCUCCCUCGGGUUGAAAAAAUCCUAUAUCAGCUGACAGAGUUGCUUAGCAUGUCCGAACAAGAAUUAGUGUUUUGCGAGGAAAUAGAAAACUGCAUUGACAUUCUUCCCACCCUCGUGGAGAAUGAGAACAGCGUGAGGAUCCAUCUCGUCCAAAAGGCCUAGUGAUAGAGCUUUAGGAGAAGACUUCUGUUCUAAAUGUUAAUUUGUAAAAAAAAAAUUAUACAUUUAAUAAUAACAACACCAAACAUGAACAGGGGAAAUCGAUCCAUCCAAGAAAUUUAUAACCUCGUAACAAAAGAUAAAUAAAUUAUUUUAGUGUUCUAUCGCUAUAAAGAUGUUUAAAAAAUUG